UGCACUGGAAGGGUUUGAAAUAUCGGCUAGUUGGUGAUCAGACGAGCGCCUGUAAUGUAGCUACUGUUUAAUACGUUCGUGUAUUGCGGAACAAAGCUGCGUUUAAGGCAGGUUGUUGGUUCUGUUUAUGGGAAAAUGGGUGACUUUGAUUCCUACGAGGCGCUGCAGGAACGGAUCGAGGCUCUGCAUCAACUGACUGAGUUCACCCAAAACUGUCGGACACAACUGACCGAGCUGUUCGAGGUGCUGGGAUGGAGCUGGGAAAAUUAUUCCUCACAGGACAUAGCGGAGGUGUGCCCCUAUGACCCAGGCCACACAGUGCCGUGUAGGAGCAUGGAGAACCACAAAACAAAGUGUCGACUCACCCAGUUAGGAUACUCCAAAGAAGAACAGGCAGAGUUGUACGAUACAUCAUUUUUCUAUGAGAAGGCCAACAUUCCCAGCAUAAAAUUGGAUAAACAUGCCCAACAUCAGGUAAUCCUGCAGGCCAGGGCUAAUGCCCCUCCUGUUCAGUCGACAGGAAACUACUGCAAAAAUGAUUACUCAACUGAGCCUGCAGAGGUGCCUCACAACCACAAGCGAGCAAUAUGUGACCUCACAGCAGCUGACCGAUUGGCCCUUUAUGAUCAUGUGAUUCAGGAGGCCAUACAGCAGAGUGCAAAGUCAUCCAACAUUGAUGAUCUUUAUGUGGAUCUUGUGUCCAAGCUUAAAAACGAUGAGGAGAAAAGUGGCCCAAAGUCUCACCUCGAGGUCUUGGCUGAAAUGAGGGACUACAGGAGACGCCGUCAGUCAUACAGAGCAAAAAAUGUUCACAUUACCAAGAAAUCUUACACAGAGAUCAUUCGUGAAGUGAUUGAUGUCCACUCGGGGGAGUUGGCAAAGCUUUGGCAGGAGGAGAGAGAGGAGGAGACCAAAACUUCACAACACACUAACAGAAGGCUGCCAGAUGAAGGCCGCUCUGCCUCUGUUGAGUCACAUGACUUUCACAUCAGUUCCAGAGAAGAGAACGGCUCUCGCCACAAACGUCGCCAAAAGCACAGCCGUGAGCGCAGCCAGGGGAAAAGCAGUAAAAGCAGAAGGAGGGAUUCCCGUUCUCCCGAUGCAAGACAUCAUAAGAAGAAGAAGAAAAAAAAUAAGUCAUAACGUGUUUUUGUGAUUGACAAAAAUGAGCAUGUAAUUAUUUCAGAUAUGUCAAAAGAGACAGAUGUGCUGUUCUGAUGUGUGAUUUUAUCAGAUUACUAGCAUUUGUUCAUUUACUCUGUUCAGUGUGGAAUUUCAUUGUGUACAAUUGAAUUAAAGGUCAUGUGAAUCUCAA